AUGAGCUCACGCAAGAGACACCUGCGUCAACGGCAUCUACCUUCCAGGACAGCAAACAAAACGGCGGAAGAAGAUGAAGGAGAUGGCUUGGAGGAGUAUGAAAAGGAAGAGCGAGACAGGCAGGAAGACUUAAAGGAGCGCGACGCCUUCGUUAAGCGUCUUCUUGACCGUGAUCAGGGGGCCACUAAGAAGAUAGCCCCUGGCAACCGCGCUUCUUCGAGACUCGAGGAGGACCUAAAGAGACUGGAGGCUGGUGAAGUGAGUAAAGAGGAGCUGUUAGCGGAGUUGAAGAAGCGCUCACGACGAGAGUACCUGCGUAAACGCCAGGCGGACAAACUGCAUGAUCUGGAGGCCGAAAUUAGAGACGAGGAGACGUUGACCGAGUACGAAAAGGCGGAAUUAGAGUACAAACGGACCAUUAUGGGGGUCGUUACCGCACAUAAAGAUGUCACAACCGAACAGACUAUACCGCAUUACUUUAUUCCAACCGAAACAAAGCGUCCAGAUGACACGUACUACGAAGAUGAAAACGAAAAAGGACCUCACGGUGAAAGCCGGCGUUGGGAACAGGAGCACAUCAGUUCGGCCCUCUUUUCACAUGGAGCCAAGGAUAAGAAAACAAAGGAUGAAUACGAACUUAUACUGGACGACGAAAUUGAGUUCAUGAAGGCACUUACACGACCGGGUGAAAAUGUAGAGGUCAAGCCGGAAAUGACCGAAGAAGAAAGGAUGAAACCUAUCAUUGAGGAGCAGAAGAGGAGCCUCCAGGAAUCUCGACGGUCCCUGCCGAUAUUCAAAUUUCGCGACUCUCUCCUUGAAGCUAUUGAGAACCACCAGGUUCUGAUAGUUGAAGGUGAAACUGGUUCUGGAAAGACGACGCAGAUACCUCAGUAUCUCUAUGAGGCGGGAUAUUGUGCUGGAGGUAUGCGCAUUGGAUGCACUCAACCUCGUCGCGUCGCUGCAAUGUCUGUGGCUGCCCGCGUUGCUCAGGAAAUGUCGGUGAAGUUGGGCAUGCAAGUCGGCUACUCCAUUCGAUUUGAAGACUGUACUUCGGAUCGAACAGUCAUAAAGUAUAUGACAGAUGGUAUGCUGUUGCGUGAAUUCCUCACGGAGCCCGAUCUCGCAAACUACUCCGUCAUGAUCAUUGACGAAGCUCACGAACGCACUCUUCACACUGACGUACUGUUUGGACUCGUGAAAGAUGUGGCUCGUUUCCGUCCAAACCUCAAACUCCUAAUAAGCUCAGCUACUUUGGACGCACAGAAAUUCUCGGAUUUCUUUGACCGCGCACCGAUUUUCCGCAUUCCUGGCCGUAGAUAUCCGGUGGAUAUUUACUACACAAAAGCACCAGAAGCGGACUACAUCGAGGCCGCUAUUAUCACCGUGCUGCAGAUUCACGUGACCCAGCCGCCGGGUGACAUACUCGUCUUCCUAACAGGCCAGGAAGAAAUUGAAACGGCCAAUGAAGCCCUCCUUGAGAGGACAAAGAAGAUGGGCAGUAAAAUGCGAGAACUGAUUAUCUUACCCAUCUACUCCACUCUGCCCUCAGAUAUGCAGGUUAGU